AUGGGGAUUGAAUUGCUUUGCCUGUUCUUUCUAUUUCUGGGAAGGAAUAACCAUGUUCAAGGGAGCUGUGCUGUGGGUAAUGCAGAGACUUGUGAAGACUGCUUGCUCAUUGGACCACACUGUUCCUGGUGUUCUCAAGAGGACUUUACCCAUCCCUUGGGAAUUGGUGAAAGGUGUGACACCCAAGAGAAUCUGUUGGCUAAAGGAUGUUUGCCACAUGCCAUUGAAAAUCCUACUUCCACAAUAGAAAUUCUUAAAAACAAGCCACUGAGUAUAGGAAGUCAGAAAAAUAGUUCGGAUAUUAUACAAAUUUCACCCCAAAGCCUAGUUCUAAAAUUGCGGCCAGGUAAUGAGAAAACAUUACAAGUCCAUGUUCGCCAGACUGAAGACUAUCCAGUGGAUUUGUAUUACCUCAUGGAUCUCUCAGCUUCCAUGGAAGACGAUCUUAAUACAAUAAAGGAGUUGGGCUCCAUGCUAGCCAAAGAGAUGUCUAAAUUAACAAGCAACUUCAAGCUGGGCUUUGGCUCCUUUGUAGAAAAACCAGUUUCCCCUUUUAUAAAGACAACACCUGAAGAAAUAGCCAACCCUUGCAGUAGUGUUCCCCAUUUCUGCUUACCUACCUUUGGAUUUAAGCAUAUUCUACCACUGACAAGCGAUGCAGAAAAGUUCAAUGAAAUCAUCAAGAAUCAGAAAAUUUCAGCAAAUAUUGACACUCCAGAGGGAGGAUUUGAUGCAAUUAUGCAAGCUGCUGUUUGUAAGGAACAAAUUGGGUGGAGAAAUGAUUCCCUCCAUCUUCUCGUGUUUGUGAGUGACGCAGAUUCUCAUUUUGGAAUGGACAGUAAAUUGGCCGGAAUCGUUAUCCCCAAUGAUGGAGUUUGUCACUUGGACAGCAAGAAUGAGUACUACAUGUCAACUGUUCUGGAAUAUCCAACAAUUGGACAACUUAUAGAGAAAUUGGUGCAAAAUAAUGUUUUAUUGAUCUUCGCAGUGACCAAGGAGCAAAUUCAUUUAUAUGAGAAUUACGCCAAAUUUAUUCCUGGAGCUACAGUAGGACUUCUUCAGAAAGACUCUGGAAACAUCCUCCAGUUGAUCAUCUCAGCAUACAAAGAGUUACGAUCAGAAGUGGAACUGGAGGUACUGGGAGACACAGAGGGACUGAGCCUCUCAUUCACUGCUGUCUGCAAUAAUGGCACCAUCUUUCCACAUCAAAAAAAAUGCUCUCAUAUAAAAGUGGGAGGCACAGCAACAUUCAAUGUGACCAUAAGUCUACAAACCUGUGAGAAAAGAAGUAGGCACAUCACCAUCAAGCCCGUGGGCCUGGCAGAUGCCCUAGAAAUUGAGAUUCAUCCCCAAUGUAGCUGCAGUUGUCAAAAGGACAUGGAAGUGAAUAGUUCCCAGUGUAGUGGAGGGAAGGGAUCCUUCCAGUGUGGUGUGUGUAUUUGCAACCCUGGCUACAUGGGCCCUCUCUGUGAAUGCGAUGAGAACGCCCUGAGCACUGACUCGUGUCGAGAUGCCCUGGGUCAUCCCUCUUGCAGCGGAAGGGGAGACUGCUAUUGUGGACAAUGCAUUUGCCACUUGUCCACCUAUGGAAAGGUGUAUGGGACCUACUGUGAAUGUGACAAUUUUUCCUGUGUGAGACAUAAAGGAUUGAUAUGUGGAGAUAAUGGGCACUGUGACUGUGGAGAAUGUAUCUGCAACAGUGGAUGGACUGGUGAAUACUGUAACUGCACAACCAGCACUGACUCCUGCAUUUCCGAAGACGGCACACUUUGCAGUGGACGGGGAAAUUGUACCUGUGGGAAAUGUGUGUGCACCAACCCAGGGGCCUCAGGCCCUAGGUGUGAACAAUGCCCUACCUGUGGUGACCCCUGUAAUUCUAAACGGAGCUGCAUCGAAUGUCAUUUAUCUUCUGAUGACCGGUCCAAUGGAGAAUGUGUUGACAAAUGUAAACUAGUUGAUGCAACCAUCAGUGAUGAAGAUUUCUCAAAGGAAAAUUCUGUUUCCUGUACUUUGCAAGGAGAAAAUGACUGCCUUAUUACAUUCCUGAUGACCACAGAUAAAGAGGGAAGAACAGUCCUUCAUAGCAUAAACCAGAAAGAUUGUCCAGAGCCUCCCAAUAUUCUGAUGAUAAUGUUGGGAGUAUCUCUUGCCAUUCUUCUUAUUGGGAUUGUCCUCCUUUGCAUAUGGAAGCUGUUAGUAUUAUUUCAUGACCGUAAAGAAGUUGCCAAAUUUGAAGCUGAAAGAUCAAAGGCCAAAUGGCAAAUGGAAACCAACCCGCUGUACAGAGGCUCCACAAGUACAUUUAAAAAUGUAACCUAUAAACACCAGGAAAAACAAAAGACAGACAUUACCGCAGAUUCCCAUUAGCAGUUCAUGCACUGGAAAAGUCUGUUUCACUGAUAGAAAAUGUCAACCGCACGAUUUAAUUUUUAUUUCUUUGUUGCUAUAAAUUGAGGUUUGCUCAAGAUAAUGAUAGGUCAUUGGGAGAUCAGCCUUACUUGAGGGAAGGUUAGCGACUGAUGCCUGCCAGGUUCAAAAUAAUUAAGAAGAGGAGUAUCAACAACAAAGACUUGACUUUGGAGAUCAUGUUAAUGAAUGCAAAACCUAUUGCCUUUAUGCCUGGGGAAAGGGGGGGGGAUCCUCA